AUGACGAUCCCGUUCUUUUUCUUCCGGUUUGUUUUCAGUUUGGAAAACAUUUAUAAAGAGCUGUCUACAGACAUAGAGGGUUUCGUUCAUCCUGGUCACGGAGAUUUAUCCGGGUGGGCCAAGCAAGGUGUUCUCUUACUCAAUGCUGUGCUCACGGUCCGGGCACAUCAGGCUAAUUCCCAUAAGGAGAGAGGAUGGGAGCAGUUUACUGAUGCGGUCGUGUCCUGGCUAAAUGAGAACUCCAGUGGCCUUGUCUUCUUGCUCUGGGGCUCUUAUGCUCAGAAGAAAGGCAGUGCCAUCAACAGGAAACGCCACCACGUGCUGCAGACAGCGCACCCCUCCCCGUUGUCCGUGUACAGAGGGUUCUUUGGAUGUAGACACUUCUCUAAAACCAAUGAGCUGCUGCGGAAGUCUGGCAAGGAGCCCAUCAACUGGAAGGAUCUGUGACCCUGAACUGGAGGGCUGUCCUGAGCAGUUUUCUAGAGGCUGCUAUUGAAAUAUUUGCCAGGAGCGGCAGCUUGACCCAGACAGAAGCAGCAAAGGCUCUACCCUGGCUGGGACCAUAUGGCUGUCUUUGCAACACGGCUUCGGCCUAAAACCUAACGUCACAGUAUCUGGGAGAGGGUGGGAGGUCAAAUACAGAGACUUCUUUUGUCUGUCACCUUUAUGGUAAAAGGGGACAGGGGACAGAAGCACCUCUUGGUACAGUGGGCUGUUACUUGUUUUUACCUGGCAGGUUAGACUUUAGGUUGUAAGGUGUCAGGUGUGUUUAGUGCCCCACCCCUGUGCCCCACCUGGCAUUCCAGUUCUUGGCCAAGUACACUGUUCCCUCGAUCCUUUCCCAAGCCCUCAGGCCCCUCCUUGAAGGAGGCAGGAGGACAGUUUGCAAGUGCCCAGAAGUUUAGGGAUGAAAAUUUCUGAGGCCUAAUCCUCUGUGUGAGCCUUCACAGACAGGCAGAGGGAAGUGAGCUGGGGCUUGUUUUCACAGUUAAUCCUCUGCGUGUUCCUAGGAAUGAACAGGGGAAGUUGAACUGGAAGGAAAAAAAGGGGGAAUUUUUAAAUUUUUUUUAAGCGAGGAACUGCUUUUCUUCUAGGUGCAUCCUGAGUUGGGGUUUUUAAGGCAGCAUAGACUGCCAAAGGCUGUUUUUUAUGGACUAAAAUCACGUGGGGAUUUUUUUUUUCCUGCAACACUGGUGAAUUUUGCUGUUUAUAAAAUACUUAGGCAGAUGUAUAUAUAUGUAUUUUGUAAUCUUUUGUUCGGGAGACUGUCUUUGUUAGGUCUGCACCUUCAUCCUUGAUCCUGUUAGAGAUGCUGUUGAUGGGUUAGCCGGGGAAAGAGUUAACCCCGAGUUUGGAAAUAAAAGAUUGUUGGACCCCAUGCCCUUAA